CCAUCGAACCCACUCUCCCGAUAUAUCUUCGAGAAGAGUUUGACGCAAACGCUUCAGAAAUCGGUCUCGUUUAUAUCACUGUUGUGCUCCCGACUUUUGCUUCUCCACUUGUUGGUUGGUUAUCAUAUCGCAUUGGACAACGAGUAAUGUGUGGUAUUGGUGUAUUAUGGAUAAGUGUUGCUUUGCCGCUUAUCGCCCUGCCGGAUAACUUAUGGUUGGAAGUUCUUCCAUUGUUGUUUUUCGGCGCGACUUACGCUAUUAUUUCCACACCGUCUCUUCCGAUGUUAGGGGAAAGAGUUAGGGAACAAGGGGGUGGUGCAUAUGGGCCGGCUAUUGCUGGUCUUUUAAUGGAACACUUAGGAUUUUUUGGUACAUUAUGUACCUUUUCGGCAAUGACUUUGAUGAUCUCACCAUUUGUAUUUUUAGGAAAUCCGUUUAGAUAUAAUCCGCUUAAAGGCUUCAGAUGCUUCAAGUGCUAUGAUGGAUAUACUAGCGUUCCACAAUACGAACCUGAUGAUGAAUAG